ACAUCAACAAACAAGUUAAAUUUUAUCAAUUUUAUAAAAUAUUUUAGCUGUGAUUUUUUCAGACACAGUUUUUUUUUUAAUUUUCUGCCUUUGAGACAGGAGGUACAACAUGGAAACAAGCUCAGAAAGUUCCGUGGGGAAGGAGUACAGCGAAGAAGUGCAAAAUGAUCGAAAUAAAAGAACAAUCGAAUGCAAAUUUUGUAAUUCCCUAAUUUUACAACCUUUAAGUGCUUCCUUUAUAACUAAUCAGUUUUCACUCCCUCUGAUGAAGCAGGCAAAUGGUUCCUCACCAGAUGAAGUAGUUGCCGAGGAAUUAGCUGACUUUUGGAAAGUGGACGAUAUGUUAACAUUUGAGAACAUUGGAUUCUCUCACACCGUAAAGGAAAUUAAAUAUUUGGUUUGUGCUGAUUGUGAGAUGGGUCCUGUGGGUUACCAUGACAUUCCCAGCAAAAAGUCUUACGUGGCUCUAUCUCGAGUGAAACACGUAUAAAAAUAAAUUCUGCAUAAAAUUGUGUAUUUUUGUAUGUAAAGUGUACAUCAAACUGAUAAAAUUCCUAAAUUAAUUUUUUAUUUUGGAA